AUCUCAUCACCAUCAUCAAUUCAUCAUCAUCAGCAGCAGCAGAUUCAACACCCUUAAAACAACAAGUUCAACAGUCUAAAUACAACUGUAUCCGCCGUUAACUCAAACCAGACUCGGUGAAGGAAAAAUGGAAGGAUUGUUUCUAUUAUGUUCAAUAAUCACUACCUCAUUAAUCUCCAUUACCCUUUCUCUUCUUCUCCCGUUACAAUACCUUUACACUAGAUUAUCUUCAUCUAAACUCAAAGAAAAAGUAGAGGAUAACAAUGAACCAGUAAUAGUUCUAUAUGAAGGUGAUGUAUGGCAUGAAAGAAAACGUCCGGUUCAUAAUUCUUUCAAAUAUAAUUCUCGUUAUGCUCUACUUGAUCUUGAUCGAGCACCCAAAUCUUUACCUUCUUCUUUCUUUUCCAAUCAUCUUUCUGCUGCCGAGACUCGCAAUAUCACUUCCACUACUGGACCCGUGUUUUUGUUGACAAUGCCUCCUAGCGUGGGAUAUGAGCAAAACCCAUUAAGUGUAUACUAUUGCUAUGAGUUGGUUGAUUCUGUUCUUUGCUUAAGAAAGUGUAUUGCCGAGGUAACAAAUACACCAUGGGGUGAAAGAGUAUCAUUUGUUUUCAAUCCUGACUCUGAUCUUAUUGCAAAGCCAUUGCAUGUCAGUCCAUUUAUGGAUAUGCUUGGGGAUUGGACCAUAAAAGCAACUGCACCUGGCAAUUCUCUUUUAAUAUCAAUUUCUGUUAAGCACCCGACCCUGGGAGACUACUUUAUAGCUACUUUGAAUGCUAAAAGAGUCCCUUCUGGGGCAUCAGACCCGGCAUUGUUCUUUUGGCUGAUGCCUCACAAAGUUGCAUUGUGUAUAUACUGGCAGGCUCUCAAGUUGUGGUGGAAAAAUGUUCAAUUCGUGCAACACCCCAGGUAUCAAUAUCCUACAUACAGAGCAGAAGCUUUAAUGCGGGAUCAGAAACCCCAAGGUUGUCCCAUAUUUUCACAGGAAGAUGAUGCCAGUUACUCCAAUACUGCGGCUGACAAUAAUGACCAGAAACGUCGGUAUGUACGUUGGAGAGAAGCUCAGUGGCCCUGGGCUUGAUUACUUGCGUCAGUAUAGGUAUGUGUUGUGUGCUCAUAAAUCAUAACCAUCGACAAAAUCUGCACCUUGUCCCAAGAAUUGGGAGUAUUAUGCGCUUGUCUGUAUGAGUGUAUGCAGUAUGUUGCAAAUCAUAUUGGUGUCAUUUAAGUUUUACUUCUGCAAUGUAAUUCUAGCAGUAUCAUAUACAUCUCUGAAAUCAUGAUUCGUCUCAGGGUGUCUAAAUUUGUGGUACUGCCAGAUUUGAUUUAUAAGAAAAAUUUUCAAGUAACUGAAGGACUUUAGUUAGUAAUUUUCCAAAACAGUGAACACCUAAAGUAGCGUCGGCUCGACACUCUGAUCGCCAUUAAUUGGUCAAGCGGGUGGCACUACCUGCCCAAUUCGCUUUUCAUGGAGUGUAAAGUCAAUGUCUGCUUAGGAUCCAAACAGUUGGACUGGGGAUCUAAAAUUGGCUCCAACCGCAGGGGUGGCUUGGGUUUUGACUCCAAAUCCAUAAGAUUUUAGCACUUCUAUGUCCUAAUGUCUUGUUCCCCUUAAAGGCCGCCACCACUAGAUAAACUUUGAAGAAAAU